AUUCACGAUAGAUUUGGAGUGGCAAAGGGACGUCACUGUAAAGCAUACCUUCAGGAUAUAAUAUUUUGUUUAUUUUAAUUUUACUCAGCAAAGAUUAAGAUGCAUAGGUCAUUUCUGCGAGUGUUUAGAAACGGGGAAUUAUUGAGAUUUAAGUUUCGGGCAUCUGUGGCCUUCAAUAAGGUAUUGUAUAUUGAAUUAGAUUCUAAUUAAAUCAAAAGAUUUUAAAAUAAAGACAUAUUAAAAAAAAAAAAAAAACACAUAGAUUUUUUUCACUGAGUUGGCGUCGGCUUGGGAGUAGUGGGAGAGAAUUUUUUUUAUUAUAGAUGUUAAACUUCACGUGUAUGAGUAUGAUAUAUAAAUUAGAUUCUAAUUAAAUAAAAAGAUUUUAAAAUAAAGAAAUAUUAAAAAAAAAAAAAAACACAUAGAUUUUUUUCACUGAGUUGGCGUUGGCUUGGGAGUAGUGGGAGAGAAUUUUUUUUAUUAUAGAUGUUAAACUUCACGUGUAUGAGUAUGAUAUAUUUGAUUUAUGGUAAUCUACCACUUGAGCGUCGGCCAAGAAAAAAUCCAGUUGUUCCAGUUGUAUAAGCUUCCCUUCCAUCUGAUACAGUAAGAGAGCCUGGAAGGAUAUAUUUCUCUAAGUUCUAAGUAAGCACUCUGUAACGUGAUCAUAUCUGGUUCUGGCUUUUCAACCAGGAAACAGUGCCCACUCUCCAUUUCUAUUCCACCCAAAACCCAGUGGCCCUCUCCAUUGUACUAUUAACAGACAUCAAUAAAAAAAAAAAAGUUUAAAUAGCAAUUUUAACCGGAACAACAUGAUUUUUUUCUUAACUGACACUGAAGUGGUAGACAUACAAAUACUACUAACCAGACUAGACUACACACAUAUAGUGACAUAUUAUUUAAUAGUGACUAGGUCUAGUUUAGAAUUUAGUCUGAUUUGUCUGAGUAAAACUGAGUUGAGUGACAAAUGCUGAUCUAUCCAAAUCGAUUUUUGUGCCUUUACUUCACCUUCUCUAUAACAGUGUAUAUAAUUAUUAUAAUACAGUAUGAGUAUUUUAAGUUGAGAGAAAUUAGCAUAAAUUUGUCUACGAAUGAAAGAUAGGUAAGAUCAUUUUAGUCACCAUGACUAGACAUGAAAUAGAUUUAAAUUAAAAAUUGAUGCAUGUUAUAAAGAAGUGCCAAUGUUAUUUCAAUCUGUUUAAUUUUAGGUGCUACCGCAAACAUAUUAUUCAACAUCAGAGGCAGAUAAACCAAAUUUCCCAGGCUCAAGAUCUGUUUUUGUAUCAAAAUUAGAAUUCAUUGAUCCAGAUAAUGCAGAGGGCAUUCCAGUUUAUCGGACUCUUAAUCCAGAAGGACACUUUAUUGAUCCAUCUCAAGAUCCGAAGGUUCGUUUAUGAGCUUUUUACUAAUGCCAUCCUGUAGUCCUAAAAUGGCAAUUACAAUUUCAAUCUCUUAAAAGUCUAAAAAGUUUUUUUUUUUGCAUUGUUUUGCAUUAUACAAAGUUUAUAUUUAUCAAUUUGAUUUGCACAACGUAAUGUAAAAAAAAAGUCAGAUUUGCUAUUGCAAUUUCAUUACAGCAGUAUAUAAUUUCGAUGUAUCUUUAGCUUGAUGAAAAUACAAUACUUAAGAUGUACAAAGAUAUGACACUACUGAAUACAAUGGACAGAGUUCUGUACGACUCUCAACGCCAAGGAAGAAUCUCUUUUUAUAUGACAAACUAUGGAGAAGAAGGAACUCACAUAGGGUCAGCGGCUGCGUUAAAUCCACAGGACCUAAUUUUUGGCCAAUACAGGGAGGCAGGUGAGCAACAUCAUAUGCAUGUUAAUGAAAAUGAAAAGAAUUGUAUAAAAUUCCCUUCAGUAUUGAUAUAUUUCCAUAGGUGUUUUCAUGUGUAUUGACACAUUUCCAUGGGUGUUCUUAUAUGUUUAGAUAUAUUUCCACAGGUGCUCUGAUGUGCAUAAAUAUUUUUCCAUAGUCUUCUCAUAUGUAGUGAUAUAUUUCCAAAGGUGUUCUCAUGUGGCGAGGAUUCCCCCUGCAUCAGUUCAUGCAUCAGUGUUAUGGUAAUGCCAAAGACAUUGGGAAGGGGAGACAAAUGCCGGUGCACUAUGGAUCAAGGGCUCUAAACUUUGUCACAAUUUCUUCAACACUUGCAACUCAGAUGCCACAAGGUAAGCUCAUUUUUGUGUGUAGAUUGUAUAUGACUAAUACUUAUUAUUUCAGCGUCUGGUGUUUAUUAACAAAAUCUACUUCACAAGUCUUUUGAGUAUAGUUGGAGUAGCUGAGUGGUGGCAUUACACAUUUACUGAACUUUAAAAGAUUGUCAGUAGUUAAAAAUAUUGUAAAAAAUAUUUCUAAUUAUCUGUAUAAAUAAAAAUAUAAAAAAAAAUAAAGAAUUUUAAUUCCAGCCUCAGGUUCAGCAUAUGCUUUUAAGAGGAAACAGAAUGGUUUGUGUGUGGUUUGUUACUUUGGCGAGGGAGCAGCAUCAGAGGGAGAUGCGCAUGCAGCAUUUAACUUUGCUGCUGUUCUGAGUUGCCCCAUCAUAUUUUUCUGGUGAGUCCUUUCAUCUUAGAGCCUAGUAGGUGUAAGUAGGUCAAUUCAUCAUAGUAAAAAUAUAUUCUUGUAGAUCAUUAUGAUUCUUAUGUGGUUCAUUAAUACUAUUUUUUUUAAAGAAGGUUCUUUUCAUUUAGAAAUUACAAAUAUUUGGAACAUGAUGGUGGGCCAUAGUUUGUUGACCCCUGGUAGUAGGCCAUAGUCUGUCAACCCCUUGUUAUAGGCUGUAGUUUGUUUACCCCUGGCAGUAGGAUAUGGUUUGUCAACCCCAGGUGAUAGGCUGUAGUUUUUUUACCCCUUUGGUAGCCCAUAGCUUGUCAACCCCUCGUAGUGGGCUGUAGUUUGUUGACCCCUUGGGGUGGGCCAUAGUUUGUUGACCCCUUUCUCACCAAGGAAUAAAUGUUAUGUUAAAAACUGAAGCUUCAAAAGAAGAUAUAAAAAUAUUAUAUUACAUAUUAACACAAUCAGACAUACACCAACAUUUUAUACAGCAAUCUGAAAAUAUUGUUUUGCAAUCUUCAGUCGAAACAAUGGGUAUGCAAUAUCAACACCUACUAAAGAUCAGUACAGAGGAGAUGGCAUAGGUGAGGCAUGCUAUAGCUUCUUAAAUGUGUUAUAUAAAAAUUCACUAAAUUUAAAACCUUGAUCUCAACUGUCCAUUUAUUAUAUUUUACUGUAAAUUAACAUUUUCCUGUCUCAGGGGAGUACCAUGAGUUUUCUCUGAUAAACUCAAACAUCAUCCCAUGUUAUUCUCUGAUUAACUCAAAUAUGACCUCAUGUUAUUCUCUGAUAAACUCGAGCAUCGGCCCAUGUUUUUUGGCAUAUCCUGAUAACAAAUUGUGAAAAGCUUUAAUUGCAAUAUAAAUUCCAUUUGAUGUGUAGUAUUAAUAUUAAUAAUGAUCUCUAAAUCAGUUUUUCUAUGCUUAACUUCAAAUGUCUUGUGGUUUACAGCCUCUAGGGCAUCAGGUUAUGGAAUGCUGUGUAUUCGUGUAGAUGGCAAUGAUGUGUUUGCUGUUUACAAUGCCACCAAGAUGGCACGUCAGUUGUGUAUUUCCCAGAGUCGUCCAGUUCUGAUUGAAGCAAUGACAUACAGGUAAACUAUACUACAUGAGAGAAGCAGUGACAUAACAGGUCAACUAGGUGACCAAAAAAAAAUUGAUCACCUUAAAUUAAAAUUGGCUGUUACAUUUCCAUCCACCUGCAAAUGAAGAGUUCUUGCAUUGUUCAAACAACCACCGGCCAAUUAAUGGUUGAUAUAUUGUUAAAACAAUUAUGGGCCAGUUAAUAGGAGCCAGAAUGAUCAUGGGCCCUCAAAAUAUAAAAGAAGAAAGUUAUUGAUACAUUGUUAGAACAAUUAUGGGCCAAUUAAUAGUUGAUACAUUGUUAGAAUAAUUAUGGACAAAUUAGUACAGGUAAUUGAUGUUUGGACUAAAUAAGCCUUCACACAGCUCUUUAUACAAAUUUAUAGUUUAAUAAUAAAAUUUUUGGCAAAAUAGGGCUAGUUUGUGCCUACAGUGUCUUUUUUUUUGGGGCCAUUUCAUUGAAAAAAUCUUACAUGUUCAACAGAAUUGGCCACCACAGUACUUCAGAUGACAGUUCAGCAUAUAGGUCAGUGGAUGAAGUAAGCUACUGGGACAAAACAGAUAAUCCAAUUUCACGAUUCCGGCAUUACAUGGCCAAUCAGGGAUGGUGGGAUGAGGAGAAGGAGAAGCAAUGGAAGCUUGACUCUCGGAAAAUGGUAUGUGUAUCUCACUCAAGUGUAUGGUAUUGAUUAAUUGAUUGAAUACUUAUAUAUCGCUAAGUAUCCAUCCUGUUUUAGCAUGCUCACUGUGCUCUCAGUGAUGGCGCCCGGGGCAUCGCAGGGGUUGUCGGAAUGAUUCAUUGUUUCGAUGUUUGCCGCCUGUAGGGGACGCCAUCUCCGGGUUUGAAUUUAGAGUUUCCUUCUAGGUAUGUGUCUCACUACAAAAAAUGGUAUGUGUCAAGUUAAUCAUCAUAAAAUGGUGUGUGUGUCCAAUCAAUAGUAAAACGCUGUGUGUCAAGUCAAGUUUUUUCUCUACUGCCUCUAGUAAAGUAAGAUUGGAGACAUACAAUUUUAGCUGCUGUAUAGCCUAAUAUUUUAAAAAAUACAAGAUACAUACAGCCAAAUAUUUAAAAAAAAAAGAAAUAUAAUUGGCCGUCUACCUUAAACAAUUUAAUCAAGUUAGUGUAAUACAAUUUUAGUAGUUUUGCUCUGCUGUUUAAUAUAAUCUCAACCAAAAAUUAUUCUACACCACCUUUGCUUGAAACAUAUAAUUUUUCCCAAAUGAAUGCAAAAAAAUGUUAGAAUAAAUACUGUAUGACCCAUAAUUAUGGCCCUACGUAUAAUCAUAACUAGCUGUUGGUUGCACUCUACUUCCAGGUGAUGAAAGCAUUUGCAGAAGCCGAGAGUGAGAAGCGUGGCCGCCCUGAGUCCCUGUUUGAGGAUGUCUAUGAUGAGAUGCCUGAUAACAUCAAGAGACAAAUGACAGAAAUGAAGAAUCAUGUCAAACUGUAUAAAGAGCAUUACCCACUAGAGCACUACCAGCCCUUGUCUUGAGCCCUGUCACAUAUCAAGAUUUUUGUUUACAUGCUUCAUGCACAGCCUAAAGUGCACAUUGCUGACCACCUUGCAUGUGCCAUGCUAGAAAUUUAAACAAAAUAAUUUGUUAUUUAAUAGCUCUUGCUAACUAAAAUCUAUAAUAUAAUUUUUGGUGAGGAUGUUUUUUGAUAAGGACAACAGGCUUUGGAGUCUUUGUUACAAUUUGUUAUUAUAGAAUAGGUAGUAUUUUACUAUCUAAUUGAUAUACAUUUAUUAUUUUAAAAUUCAGAUUUUAUUCUAUCCAUUGGUUUAUUCUGAAAAAGAAAAUUGAUGGAUAAAGGUGAUAUUUGAGGAUCCACGAAAUAUGUGGGUACCUUCAAGUGACACUGAAGUGAAUAGUGGUUUUAAAGCAGCUGUGAUGUCAUCCAAAGGGCUGGAAGUAUAAAAGUCAUCCAUUUGAUCACCAUCUUUAGUGGCUGGAUCAGUACUUUUAAAUAAAGAACUUAUUGUUACCGUACAUACUGAAUAAAACUUUUGGGUUGUCAAGAUGGUCAUUUCUUUUUCGCUACACCGGUGAAAUAGAUUUGUGCACAUUCAUUAGCUUGGCAACACAUCACAUCUGUGAUGGUGAGAUGAUGCCAUGGUUUAUCAACAUAUUUGUGAAUAUUAACUGGACAACACAUUUCAGCUAUAAGAUAUUUACUCAGUGUGUUUAACACUCAUUGUUAAUGGUUUUUAAUAAUUCAUGUACAACUUAUGCAGAGUGGAUUUUGUUUGUGGAAAUGUUUUUAAUUUAAUGGAUUCUAUUUAAACUUAUUAAACCAGACAGGAUAUUCUAAAUAUUGAAUAAACCUUUCAUUUUAAAAUUGACACCGUGUGUUUCGUUUCACUCAUUAAAAUGUUG